AUGUCUCCCACGGUGAGCGAGGGCGCACAGCCUGAGAACAACACUCGAUCCAUUUUCACUGUUCCUCCUCCAAUUAAACGUCUCUUCGACAAGUUCCCUUUGGCCACCUAUCCUGAAAACGACAUUCCGCAACGUUCUCCGUCCCGACGACAAGAUAAUCAAUUGUUUGUCUUCAUUGAGCCUAAAAAUGCGCGCCAUGGUCGCCCCUCAUUCAAUCCCCAAUGUCUCAAAUGGCAGGCGUACCUGAAAUUCGUUGGCGUUGACUUCGAGAUCACCCCGUCUAACAACCACGCAUCACCCACUGGCGCCCUACCUUUCCUGCUUCCAGCUCUUCCUACCAAUGCUCCGGAUGCAGUUCCUUCACACAAGCUUCAAAAAUGGGCCAUUGAACAAGUUCAUUGCGAGGAGGAGCAGCAAUUGAACCUACGCUUCGAAGUCUACGCCUCUCUCCUAGACCACCGGAUACGCAAUGCAUGGUUAUACAUGCUGUAUCUGGACAGUGAGAACUUCAAUGCCGUAGCCCGCCGGCUUUACGUGAUCCCGUCAAGCACAAAUACACUCGUCCGCUCCGCCCUUGGAUUCCAGCUCCAGAAGGCCGCCCGCGAUGAGCUCCUCAAGUCAUCAUCGUACGUUGAUGUUGCAGAACUGGAAGGCGACGCAGCCAGCGCAUUUCAGGCACUAUCUGCACUGCUCGGCGAGGACGACCACUUCUUCGGCCGGCCAAACCCCGGCCUCUUCGAUGCCAGCGUUUUCGCCUACACACAUCUGAUCCUAGACGAGGGGAUGGGUUGGAAGCGUAAUCGAUUGGCACAGCUGCUCCGAGGGCAUACCAACCUUGUACAACACCGGGAAAGACUUUUGGGCUUUUUCUAG